UCCGUCCUUUACAACACAACACAAUUUACACGUUUUGAGAGUGAGUGACCCAGCCAGCGACGAGCAGCUCACAGCAAGAGCCCUCUUGGAAUAAGGGCGGAGAGCACGGAAGUUGAGCAACGACACGAGGCGAAGCCCUGAUGGAAGGAUGGAAGAGGCAACACUGAAUGCCAGUGCAAAACUGGCAGCUGCCCGCCAAAGGAGAGAACGGAGCAGUGGAAAGAGCCCGAGCCAGCGCAGCCCUGAAGUGAAGGCGGGAGAGGCACCAGCGGAUGUCCGUGUGAAGCUGGCAGCUGCACGAUCAAGGAGAGAGCACGGAGAAAAUGAGAGAGAAAGAGUGACGAGCGACGACAAGCAAUCAACCUGGAGAAAGGGCGGAAAGCGCCAAGCAUCGACCAAGCGAGCAUCGCAGAGGACCAGCAGCAGCAGCGGAUGAGCGACGAGAGCCAUCGUGCAUCGCCAGAGAGAACGGAGCAGUGGAAAGAGCCUGAGCCAACGCAGCCCUGAAGUAAGGGCGGGCGUCCGUGCGAAGCUGGCAGCUGCGCGAUCAAGGAGAGAGCACGGAUCAGGGGAAAGAGCCUGACCAGCCGCCCGUGAGCGCCGGCGAGAGCGCCGUGGGUUCGAGCCACACACACACCGACAAGCACCAGCUGGGAACCAGCUGGGAACCACGACAAGAGUGAGGGACGGCGAGUAGCAGACGAGCCGCGAGCGCUCUCUGACGACGGAAUCAUCGCGCACCGCCGACGGCGAGCAUCGCGCCAACUCAACCAGCAGUGGAGAGAGCUGCAGCGCAAAAAGGAAGAGUGUUGGCGCAGGCAAGAGCGCCGUGUGUUUAAUAUACACACACACACAGAACCAUGCGCUCCGCCAAGGCGCUGCACGGAGUGCUGAGCAAGUCCCGGGGGACCGCGGGACUCGAGUCCCACUCCGACUCCACGAGUCGCCUCGGCCACCCUCGGCCGCUCCACUCCACUCGGCUCGCGCUGCCUCGGGACGAGGUGGGGAGACGACGAGGAGGGGGGGGAACCACCGCGGGGGACCACCCGGAGGGAGACGGAGUCACCGCCCGGAGGCCGAGGGGCGUGCGGGAUCUUCCCGGGCCCGGCUUCGCCUCGAACCUGGUGGAGUUCUUCUGGAAAGAUGGCUUCAGCCGCAUCCACGACAUACAGCUGCAGCAGGCUCGUCGCUUUGGCGCCAUGUGGGGCACAAGCUUCGGGCCGCAGUUCGUGGUGUCGCUGGCGUCCCCGGGGCUGGUGGCCCACGUGCUGCGCUCAGAGAGCCCCGCGCCGCAGAGGGCCAACAUGGCCUCGUGGAACGAGUAUCGAGCCCUGCGGGGACGCGCCAACGGCCUCAUCUCGGCGGAGGGCGAGGAGUGGCUGCGCAUGCGGGCGGUGCUGCGCCAGCCGCUGAUGCGAGCACGCUCCGUGUGGAGGCACUCGGAGCAGAUCAACGCCAUCGUGGAGGACGUCGUGUCGCGCGUGCGAUCCGACCGGGACGAGCGCGACGGCACCGUCCGGAACGUCAACGGGCUCCUCUUCAAGUUCGCCAUGGAAGGCAUGGCGAGCGUGCUAUUCGAGAGGCGGCUGGGCUGCCUGGCCCCCGAGGUGCCCGCCGACACGCGCGACUACAUCGCCGCGCUGCAGCUCAUGUUCAGCAUGUUCAAGACCACCAUGUACGCCGGCGCCAUCCCUCGCUGGCUCCGGCCCGUGCUGCCGGGGCCCUGGGAAGACUUCUGCCGCUCAUGGGACGGGCUGUUCCGCUUCAGCGAGAUGCACGUGGACGCGCGAGCGCGGGAGCUCGAGGAGGAGCGGGCGACGGGCGGCGCUGCGCGUGACGCGGGGUUCCUGACCGAGCAGCUCACGUCGGGGGCGCUCUCGCGACAGGAGCUCUACGCCAACGUGACCGAGAUGCUCCUGGCGGGCGUGGACACGACGUCCUUCACGCUGUCGUGGUGCCUCGAUCUGCUGGCGCGCCACCCGCUCACCCAGGAGGCCGUGCUGCGCGAGGUUCGCGAGCGGGGGCCGUCGGGGGGGCGGGCCCCGUCUGCCGAGCACGUGGCGGAGAUGCCACUGCUGCGAGGGGUCCUCAAGGAGACGCUCAGGUUGUACCCGGUGUUGCCAGGCAACGGCAGAGUGACUCAGACGGACAUGGUACUGGGAGGUCACCACAUCCCCAAAGGGACCCAACUGGCCAUGUGCCACUACAGCACCUCGCACGACCCGGCCACGUUCCCGCAGCCCGAGAGCUUCCGCCCCGAGCGCUGGCUCCGCGACGGCGCCUCCAGGGGUGGGCCAGCGGGGCCCCACGGUGACGGCAGCGGUGACGGGGAAGAGGAAGGGGAGGAGGAGGAGGAGGGAGCGCACCGGUGCCCCGAGUCGGCUCACGGGUCGCGAGACUCGCAGGGGUUCGCGUCGAUCCCGUUCGGGUACGGGGUCCGCAGCUGCGUCGGGCGGCGCGUGGCCGAGUUGGAGAUUCACCUGGUGCUGGCUCGGCUGCUGCUCGAGUUCCGCGUGGAGGCCCUGCCCGGGGCCCCGCGUGUCCCGGCCAAGACGCACGGCCUCCUGGGGCCCGGGGGCUGCCUUGACCUGCGCUUUGUGGACCGUCGCUCAUGACCCACCUGUGCUCACCACGCGACUCACGCGACUCGCGCUCACCUGUACUCACCACCUGUCCAACGCUCACAUCUGCCUCUCACCUUUACUGACCACCUGAUCGCCUCCACUCACGCCCAGAUAUGUCACCCGACCCAUACCAAACUCGCACACGCACAACACUGCGGGCCACCCCACAGCCGUGUGGAGCAGAAGACAAAGCAACGGUGUCAUUAAGUUGUUGUAUAGAUCUGUAAGUAGGUUCAUAGUUGGGUUUUUUUUCGGGUUCGAUCGUGUAGGUAUGACGUCAAUUAGAGUUAUGCUCACCCUCAACCACCAAACAGAUGUGCCACAUGGUGGACAAAUGUGCCAACUUAUUUAGUUUUGCCAGCAAAAAAAAAACCCGGUUACGUUGAAAAUCGGGCAAAAUGUUGACAAUUUUGCACCGCGUCUCACUGGAGAUUAACACCAGGCCGUCAUUCGGCGUGAGCAAGGACCUCGAGUGGACGGGAGAGCGGAUCCUGAGCCCUUGAGCAGGUGGUGGUGUCAUUGAUCAGGUGGUGGUGUCAUUGAUCAGGUGGUGGUGGUGUUAUUGAUCAGGUGGUCGUGCCCACGCUCCACGAUCCCAGACUUAUCGGCGUCGUCGCAAAGAGGUUCGCACAUAGCCCUCGCGCGAGCCGUGUUCGUCACAAUUGACGCGUUUCUACACUUCGCCACGCGCUAAUCAAUUCAUCUCAUGUGUCCGCGUCGGAUGGCGGGAGCUUCUUAAUUGCACAGACCUGUUGAGGUUGCUACGUGGCUUAACCGACAAAACUAAUCGUAAAAAAUGUAUUUGUUAAAGUGCGUGCUGUGAAGAAGGGUCAUUGCCCGAAACGUCGCCUCUCGUCUUGUUUUCACCAAAUCAAUAUAUAAGCCACGUGGGACAAAUGUUUCCUUGCACCUCCGUUUAGCACGAUUGGCUACAUACGGUGCGAAAAAAGUUCAACGCACAUACAAGUUCAACACAUUCCUCCAAGGGAAGGAACUUGGAGUGGAAGUUAAUGCCUCAGUGCAUAGAGGCCGUACACAAUACAACUGUAAAAAAGCAUGUUUUCAACAAAUAAACAACACAUGAAUGA